AUGGCCCACCGGAACACCGGCACUGCCCCAAAAACUGCCCGCGCCAAGAAGGCCGCCAAGGAGCCGGCAGCUCGGCCCGCGGGGCCCGACAUGGACUCCCUGGGCUUCCAGGCCAUGGACAGCAACGUGCCGGGUCUGUCGCACGUCAUCCUCCAGAAGCUCAACAUGAAGAGCUACGACGACUACAAGUCUGCCCUGGAUGGGAAGAAGAAGGGCAAGGAUUUUGGCAUCCGCACUUACUUUGACAUGUUCCAGAAGAUGGAGGACACUUUCAAGUUUUGCGUUGAGUGCAAGAAACUCCCCGAUGCCCUUCCUGACCCCAAAAGUCUCCGUCGAUGCAAGAGGUGCCAGAACGUGUACUACUGUGGCACAGCGUGCCAGCGCGCCAACUGGCCACUGCACAAGAAGUUCUGCAAGAAGCUGAAGCUGGUGGCCCUGGACCGGCUGGUGGAGUGGCUGGUCUUCACAGGAGACAUCCCCUUCCCCACGGAGACCUGGACAAAGCCUGUCCAGGACGUCAAGGGCUGGGAGGACUGGUUCGCCAUGCAGGGGCAGCUGGAGGAGAAGCUGGCGGCCAUCCUGGGCGGGCGCUACAUGACCCUGCUCUGGGCCAACGCCGGGAAGCCCAGGCCCGAGGACGGAGAGCUGUGCGAGUCCAUCAAACGGCUCGUCACGGACUUCCACUCGCGGCCCGUCACCAUCGGCCUGGGGAUGCGGCUCUUCGGCAUCGAGCCCCUCGCCAGGCCCCUCACUGUGCACGUGGUGGGGGCAUCACACGUCGAGACCCUCAACACGCGGGCCACGGACUACGACGAGCUGACGCGGAUGUUCCCAGGGCACCAGGGCAUGGAGGUGGUCAUGGUGGGCGUGGAUGUGGUUGACGGACCCAUCAUGAGGCCACCACUGGCRGCACUGGGGCCUCGGGGAAGGGUCUAUCUCAGCAGCUACAAGGGCCUCUACCACGACUUCUGGGAAAGCCAGGUGGAGACCCAGCAGGCCGCCCGCCCCGACCUGGUGGUGGGCUUCCACCCAGGCUUCCACGCCUGCCCCGACCUCAUGGAGGGCUGGCUGCCCACGCUGCUGCUGCUGCGCGACUACCGCCUGCCCACCCUCUUCACCGUGUACAGCGAGCAGGAGCUGAAGGCCUCGCUGCAGAUCCUGCUGGAGCUCGAGACGCACAUCACGGGCUACGGCGCCAACCCCUUCGCCUCGCUGCGCCCCGAGCAGGUCUACUCCAGCCCCAACAAGGCGCCSGUCUACUGCAGCUCCCACUACAUCGCCUGCCUGGGGCCGCUGGGCCCCGACGCGCCGCACGUCCAGGAGCUCGAAGACGACGGUGAGGACUAG